AUGACUCCAAGGAGAGUUACAACUUCAACCCCGCCCAACAUUCCAGCAAAUUAUCAUUAUCUCCACAGCCUUCGAGAAUGUGUCCAACGCUUGCAGGACAGUUCGGUGAAGCUUCAAUCUUCGGUAUAUAAAAUGGAGCUAAGUAGCUUCACCAGAAUAAAGAAACUUAUCUGCUGCAAAAGAGUCUUUGAACUCGUAACGGAAGGUGAAAUACGCGAAGCUCAAAGCUCUUUAGCAGUUCAGCUUGAGCCGCGGGUUCAUAACCUCUUAUCAAAAGCAGAAGACAUGAUAAAAGAAUUAAAAAAAAGAGAAGAUAUGCUUCAAGAAGAGGCGGAUCAACGUGAAUGCGAAUUGGACGCGGAGCUGAAAAAGGCACAGUUAGACUCUCUGCAAUAUUCAACUAACAAAAGUGGGAAUGCUAAAUCUUCAAUGAGGCAAUCAGGACAAAUACGUUUUCAAAGUCAAGAUCAAGUAAAAAAACUGAAAGAAGUAAAGAAAAAGGUAGAAAGGAUGGCGAAAGUUGUGACCCAGUUAGAGGAAGAAUAUAAUCAGAAGGAAACAGAACUUCAACUCCAAAAGCAAAGGGUUGCAACUGAAAAAAGACCAUCUGCUAUUAAGACACCAAAAAAAUCUACCAGAAGAAAGUCCUUAAGUGCUAAUGCGUUGGCGGCUGUAGAGGAACAAAUUAGAGAUAUAGACAUCCUAAUUGGGGAAAAACGCGAAAUUUUGGAUGAACAACAAAGCUUAUCGUUAGAGGUUUCGCAAGCUAUGGAAAAUAUACACAAAGGGGUGGAAAAUAUGAAAAUAUUAUCAAAAUUAUUCUUUCCGACUGCUAAUGUCGGUAUUACAAUCGCAACACUUGUGGAAAAUCUACUUCAAGCUGAAAAAAAUGAAAUAUAUAUAAAAGAACUGGGAAAGGAAUUUCCAUCAGAGCAAGAACGACUUCAUAGGCUUCAAACAGCAAUUACUUUAUUGAAUCGACUUGAAAUAACUGAAACAGUAUUAGAUAAAGACCAGCCGAUUUUAAGGCUUAAAAUCGACAUAGAGAUUUAA